AUGGCAACACUAGCGCGCGAUGAGGAUAGCGCAAUUGAGAUGAUGAAAUCAGAGCAUGUGGCUCGAAUUACGGGUCUACAAAAAUCACUGCAGUCGUUUGAAGAGGAUAUCGAAGAGAUACGAAAACUUGUGCUGAACACAAAUCGAAAAUUGCGCAUGACCGAAGUGGAAUCGUUCACGAAUUCGCUCACUAAAAUUGGUCGUACAGCGGCUAGGCUGAAA